UCUCUGAAUGUUGUUGUUGGUGGCGGCGGCGAGCGGAGCCGGAGGAGCCGCCGCAAAGAUGGAGGAGCCGUCGAGGAGGCGCUGCCGCUGCUGCUGCCGCCGCUGCUGUCGCCGCCGCCCGCGAAGCCGGAGCUCGAGCCGCAGCGGGGAUGCCGUUCUGAGUGCCUGACUGCCUCACCCCGAAGGAUGGCCUUGGAUGGGCAUUAGAGGCAUUGCGGCCCCGGGCUCCUGUCCCAUCCGUCUGUCUGUUAUCGUCUGUCUCUCUUGACAUCACCGCAGCUCCACCCCCUCCCGUCCCAGCCCCCAACGCCAGCUUCCUGCAGGCCCAGAGCCGGCAUGAACUCUCCCAACAAGUCGGGUGACCUUGGACAAGCCUGUUCCCUCUGUGGCCUCACUUUCCUCCUCCUGCAGCUGGGGGCGUUGAGUUGCCGAGCUCCUGGGCCUUUUCCUUACUGACAUUCUGAGGUUCUCUGAGUGGAGGUGAAGCCGGUGCUGCCAGGAGCCAUGCCCAGCUCCAUGGGGGGUGGAGGUGGAGGUAGCCCUAGCCCUGUGGAGCUUCGGGGGACUCUGGCAGGCCCCAUGGACCCUGCGCUACGGGAGCAGCAACUGCAGCAGGAGCUCCUGGUGCUCAAGCAGCAGCAGCAGCUUCAGAAGCAGCUCUUGUUCGCCGAGUUUCAGAAGCAGCACGACCACCUGACGAGGCAGCAUGAAGUCCAGCUGCAAAAGCAUCUCAAGCAGCAGCAGGAAAUGCUGGCAGCUAAGAGGCAGCAAGAGCUGGAGCAGCAGCGGCAGCGGGAGCAGCAGCGGCAAGAGGAGCUGGAGAAACAGCGGCUGGAGCAGCAGCUGCUUAUCCUACGCAACAAGGAGAAGAGCAAAGAGAGUGCCAUCGCCAGCACCGAGGUCAAGCUGAGGCUCCAGGAAUUCCUCUUGUCGAAGUCAAAGGAGCCCACGCCAGGCAGCCUCAACCAUUCCCUCCCACAGCACCCCAAAUGCUGGGGAGCCCACCAUGCUUCUUUGGACCAGAGUUCCCCUCCCCAGAGCGGCCCUCCUGGGACGCCUCCCUCCUACAAACUGCCUUUGCUUGGGCCCUAUGACAGCCGUGAUGACUUCCCUCUCCGCAAAACAGCCUCCGAACCCAACUUAAAAGUACGUUCGAGGCUAAAACAGAAGGUGGCGGAGAGGAGAAGCAGUCCCCUCCUGCGUCGGAAGGACGGCACUGUUAUUAGUACCUUUAAGAAGAGAGCAGUUGAAAUCACAGGCACGGGGCCUGGGGUGUCGUCCGUGUGUAACAGUGCGCCCGGCUCUGGCCCCAGCUCUCCCAACAGUUCCCACAGCACCAUCGCUGAGAACGGCUUUACUGGCUCAGUCCCCAACAUCCCCACUGAGAUGCUCCCCCAGCACCGGGCCCUCCCUCUGGACAGCUCCCCAAACCAGUUCAGCCUCUACACGUCUCCUUCUCUGCCCAACAUCUCCCUAGGGCUGCAGGCCACAGUCACCGUCACCAACUCGCACCUCACCGCCUCCCCGAAGCUGUCGACACAGCAGGAGGCUGAGAGGCAGGCCCUUCAGUCCCUGCGGCAGGGUGGCACGCUGACUGGCAAGUUCAUGAGCACAUCGUCCAUCCCUGGCUGCCUGCUGGGCGUGACAUUGGAGGGCGACACAAGCCCUCACGGGCAUGCUUCCCUGCUGCAGCACGUUCUGCUGCUGGAACAGGCCCGGCAGCAGAGCACGCUUAUAGCUGUGCCACUCCAUGGGCAGUCCCCAUUGGUGACGGGCGAGCGUGUGGCCAGCAGCAUGAGGACAGUGGGCAAGAUCCCGAGGCACCGACCUCUGAGCCGCACUCAGUCCUCUCCACUGCCGCAGAGUCCCCAGGCCCUGCAGCAGCUGGUUAUGCAGCAGCAGCACCAGCAGUUCCUAGAGAAGCAGAAGCAGCAGCAGAUGCAGCUGGGCAAGAUCCUUACCAAGACGGGGGAGCUGCCAAGGCAGCCCACCACCCACCCUGAGGAGACAGAAGAAGAGCUGACAGAGCAGCAAGAGGCCUUGCUGGGGGAGGGGGCCCUGACCAUGCCCCGGGAAGGCUCCACAGAGAGCGAGAGCACCCAGGAAGACCUAGAAGAGGAGGAGGAUGAAGAGGAGGAAGAUGAAGACUGCAUUCAGGUCAAGGAUGAGGAAGACGAGAGUGGUCCUGAUGAGGGACCCGACUUAGAGGAGUCCAAUGCUGGUUACAAAAAGUUGUUCACAGAUGCCCAGCAGCUACAGCCCCUGCAGGUGUACCAGGCACCCCUCAGCCUGGCCACUGUGCCUCAUCAGGCCCUGGGCCGCACCCAGUCCUCACCUGCUGCUCCUGGGAGCAUGAAGAGCCCCCCAGACCAGCCCACUAAGCACCUCUUCACCACAGGUGUGGUCUAUGACACGUUCAUGCUGAAGCACCAGUGCACGUGCGGGAAUACACAUGUACACCCGGAGCACGCCGGCCGCAUCCAGAGCAUCUGGUCCCGGCUGCAGGAAACUGGGCUGCUCAGCAAGUGUGAGCGGAUCCGGGGUCGUAAAGCCACGCUAGAUGAAAUCCAGACAGUACAUUCUGAGUACCACACCCUGCUCUAUGGGACCAGCCCCCUCAACCGGCAGAAGCUGGACAGCAAGAAACUGCUUGGCCCCAUCAGCCAAAAGAUGUAUGCCAUGCUGCCUUGUGGGGGCAUUGGGGUGGACAGCGACACUGUGUGGAAUGAGAUGCACUCCUCCAGUGCUGUGCGGAUGGCAGUGGGCUGCCUGGUAGAGCUGGCCUUCAAGGUGGCUGCAGGAGAGCUCAAGAAUGGAUUUGCCAUCAUCCGGCCCCCAGGACAUCAUGCUGAGGAGUCCACAGCCAUGGGAUUCUGCUUCUUCAACUCCGUAGCCAUCACAGCUAAACUCCUGCAGCAGAAGCUGAAUGUGGGCAAGGUGCUCAUCGUGGACUGGGACAUUCACCAUGGCAACGGCACCCAGCAAGCAUUCUACGAUGACCCCUCUGUGCUCUACAUCUCGCUGCAUCGCUAUGACAAUGGGAACUUCUUCCCGGGCUCUGGGGCUCCUGAAGAGGUUGGUGGAGGGCCAGGCGUGGGGUACAAUGUUAAUGUGGCAUGGACAGGAGGUGUGGAUCCCCCCAUUGGAGAUGUGGAAUACCUGACAGCCUUCAGGACAGUGGUGAUGCCCAUUGCCCACGAGUUCUCACCUGACGUCGUCCUAGUCUCCGCUGGGUUUGAUGCUGUUGAAGGACAUCUGUCUCCACUGGGUGGCUAUUCUGUCACCGCCAGAUGUUUUGGCCACUUGACCAGGCAGCUCAUGACACUGGCAGGGGGCCGGGUGGUGCUGGCCCUGGAGGGAGGCCACGACUUGACUGCCAUCUGUGAUGCCUCUGAGGCCUGUGUCUCUGCUCUGCUCAGCGUGGAGCUGCAGCCCUUGGAUGAAGCAGUCUUGCAGCAGAAACCCAGCGUCAAUGCAGUUGCCACACUAGAGAAAGUCAUCGAGAUCCAGAGCAAACACUGGAGCUGUGUACAGAGGUUCGCCACUGGUCUGGGUUGCUCUCUGCGGGAGGCUCAGACAGGUGAGACAGAGGAGGCCGAGACUGUGAGCGCCAUGGCCCUGCUUUCCGUGGGGGCUGAGCAGGCCCAGGCCGUUGCCACUCAAGAGCAUAGCCCCAGGCCAGCAGAGGAGCCCAUGGAGCAGGAGCCUACCCUGUGACACCCUGGCCCCCAUUCCUCUGGGCUUCAUCAUUGUGAUUUUGUUUAUUUUUUCUAUUAAAAACAAAAAGUCACACAUUCAACAACGUGUGCUGUGUGGGUCUCUCAGCCUUGCUCCCCCAAGCUGCUCCAGCCCUCCCGCCACAUGGCCCAGGCCCGAGCUUUAGCAAUCCCUUCCUUCUGUAGGGGGAUGGGUGCAGCAUCCACGUCUCCCCUCUUGUCAUCUCGCCCCAGUUCUCUGUACUCUCUCCUACCUUGGACAGUACUCCCAGAUAGUACCUCCAAUUCUGGAGCUACCGAGAUGGGAACAGUAAGUUGGUGCCUUGGCUUCAGCUGGCUUUUGGGGAACGCCUUAAUUUCACCUGUGCCCCUCUCUGUCCUCAGGAGGAUCCACUACUAGUUAAGACACGGAGUGGAGUGGGGUAGACUUCCACCCUAUACUCCCCUUCCUUUCUGUCCUCAGCAUUCUGCAGACGUGUGCCCAGGAUGUGGGUCUUAGAUUUGCGGCCAAAUUUCUUGCUUCCUACUCCCAGGAACCCAGAGGGUACAGGGGGAGCUGCGGCUGGGUUAGGAGGAGCCAGGAGGACCUGUGUACACAGGCAGGCUCUCCACUUUAUCCUGUUGACCUCCCUGCGUAGAGAGGGGGAAAGCUGGACUCUGUGUGGGGGCUUCAAGUUCACGCAAGCCCUUCUGAUGUUCUGGACCAGAUUUGCUCAGCCAUCACCUGGAAGUGGAAGCAAUCAAGACUCGGAUCUCUUCCAGAGCCUUUUUGCUUUGAAGCCUGGGGAUGGUGAAAGAGGUGGUUCUAGGAUAGAUAGGGCUAGAACCCUGGCCAGAAGCCCAGGGUAUGGGGUGGGGAAGGGCUCUCAGCAGGAGGGAGUUUGGGGCUGUCCAUCUUCUUUUCCAGUAACCCUGUGUCCAGAGGCUGGAGCGCACAGGCUUCCAGUGAAUGUGGUCUAGCUUCUAGGAAACCAAAGAUGGGAAGUGGCUCCUAGGGGGCCAACACUUCCUCCCCUAUACCACAUUCUCUCUAUCUCCUUCCAUCCCCAGGACCCAGCAGUAUGUUUACAUAUUAUCCUGCUGGGGGCCUGAGCAGGGUUGAGGGAGCUGGGGAGUUACUAGUUUGCUGUGUGUUUGUGUGCUGUCUAAAUCCUCCUUGCACUGAGCCCAGGGCUCCGGGCCUCUCACUUUCCCUGUGGGCUGGUCUUACUCUCAUGGAAACCCAUUCCUGCUCUGUCGUGAAUGAAUGGAUUCUCGUUAAGUAUUUUGUAUCCUGUCACACUGUCUCCUUGUGUAAAUAAACUUGUUUGUGGCAGUGCCUUCUGGGAAUAAUGUCUGUUCUCUGGGUUCCCAAAUGGAGUAAAGUUCUC